AAAAGGGCCGGGCUGAGCUGUCAUCGGUACCACAUCUUGGUCAGUUGUCCAACGAACAUGAAGGUCCUCUUCGCUUUGGCAGCCCUCGUGGCUGUGGCCUGCGCCAUCCCCACCAACUUCAACUCCGUCCACGUCCACCAGAACAUCAACGCUCACGUGGACAAGGAUGUCGCCAUCAAGCAGAAGCUUAUCCUGCAGCUGCUUGUGCGCGUCCAGCAGCCCCUGAUGUACCCCGAGCUGAAGGAGCUCGGCAAGAACUGGAACCCCGAGCAGAUCGUCAACCAGUACGCCAACCAGUACGUCGUCAAGAAGUUCAUGUCCAUGCACCAGCAGGGUAUGCUUCCCCAGGGCGAGAUCUUCCACCUGUACAACGACUCCCAGCUCAAGGAGGCCAUCGCCCUUUUCGACAUGCUGUACUUCGCCAAGGACUUCGACACCUUCAUCAAGACCGCCGCCUGGGCUCGUGACAACGUCAACGAAGGCCAGUUCACCUACGCCCUGUGCGUUGCCACCAUCCACCGCGACGACACCAACGGAGUGGUCCUCCCCCCCAUGUACGAGGUCUACCCCCACCUGUACUUCCACGGUAGCGACAUCGCCGAGUUCCAGAGCGCCAAGAUGCAGGGCAAGGUUAACUACGAGACCCUGACCAACUGGACCGUCGGUAACGAGAUCGUCCACCCCGAGGACCUCCUCGGCUACUUCACCCAGGACGUCGGCCUCAACGCCUACCACGCUUACGCUCACCUGUACAACCCCUUCUGGCUCAACGCCGAGAAGUACGGCCUGAACAUCAACAACAACCGCGGAGAGAACUUCUACUACUUCUACCAGCAGAUCCUGGCCCACUACAACCUCCACCGUAUGGCCAACUACCUGCCCGAGAUGAACGACUUCGACUGGAACAUGCCCAUCGAGUACGGCUACAACCCCGACCUUAAGUACCACAGCGGCAAGGCCUUCCCCGCCCGCCCCGAGAACUCCGAGCUGACCAGCCUCAAGUCCUACACCGUCGAGGAUGUUAAGAUGAUCGAGAAGCGCAUCAAGGACGCCAUCGACUCCGGCUACGUUAUUGGCAAGGACGGCAACGUCAUCUCCAUCAAGAACCACAUCCACGGCAUCAACAUCCUGGGUAACAUCAUCGAGGGUAACGACGACGCCGUCAACUCCCGCUACUACGGCUCCUACACCACCAUGCUCCACAACCUGGUCGCCCUCAUCGUCGACCCCAGCAACGAGCACGGUGUUGCCCCCGGCGUCAUCGGCCACUACGAGACCGCCCUCCGCGACCCCGCCUUCUACUACAUCCAGAAGCACAUCAACGGCCUCUUCAAGCAGUACAAGGACAACCUUCCUUACUACCACCGCCAGGAGCUCAACUUCAACGGUGUGGCCGUCAAGGACGUCGCCGUCAGCAAGCUCGUCACCUACUUCGACCUCUUCAACGUUGAUGUUGCCCACUCCGUCGACGUCAACUCUGCUGAUGAGGCUGAGAAGAUCCACUUCGUUGCCAAGACCAUGCGUCUGAACCACAAGCCCUUCUCCUACAAGGUCAAGGUUGUGAGCGACAAGAAGACCCAGGGUGUCCUCCGCGUCUUCCUCGGCCCCAACACCGACUACAUCCACUCCAACUUCUACGGUGACCAGGCUUCCGAUGUCUACUACGGCCACGACACCGCCGACCUUGAGCGUCUCCGCCACAUGUUCGUCGAGCUUGACCGCAUCCCCGUUGAACUGUCCCAGGGCGAGAACCUGAUCGAGCGCCAUUCCCGCGAGUUCACCUCCACCGUCGGUGACAUCGAGUCCUUCAAGAGCCUGCAGAAGAUGGCCGAGAGCGGCAACGUGUACGUCCACGAUGUCGACCAUCAUUGUGGCUUCCCCGACCGCCUCGUCCUCCCCAUGGGCCACAAGGCCGGCCUUCCCCUGACCCUGUUCGUCAUGGUCACCCCCUACGGUUCUGAGGAGCAGCAGCAGCACGGCGACUACUACCACAACGACAACAUCGUCCACCACCAGGGCCAGAACGUCGUCUCUUGCAACGGCCUUAUGACCGUCGUCGACAACCGUCCCCUCGGCUUCCCCUUCGACCGCCAGAUCGACAACUACGGCAAGUUCACCGUGCCCAACAUGUACUUCAAGAACGUCGCCGUCUACCACAAGGACUCUACCGUCUCUCACCAGCAGCAGCAGCAGUACUACUACCAGCACGCCGAGGUCGCCAACGACUUCGACCACCUGCCCAAGUACGUGUCUGGCCAGCACCAGAUCGUCUCCGACAUCAACGACGAGCUCCACUACUAGGUGAUCCGAGUCGAGUCGAGCGACGCGUCGCUAUAAAGAGAGAAAUAAAAUGAAAUAAUACGAACAUCAAA